AUGGGUACUAGAUCAAAGGAUAGAAUUAAGGCAAUGAUUGCUAAGGAUACUUCAAAUAUCUAUAACCGUUGCAUGGAAGUUAAAAAAUUUCUUAAUGACAAUCUAGAAGAUACUUUAGAUUAUUUACGUGCUUUGCUUGCUCAAAUACCUCAAUCCACAUCUGGUCCUUUAAUUACAAAGACACCAAAAGUUAUAAAGAAAAGAGGUGUGCAACGUAUUGAAACUAUUCCAGAAGAUGAUAUUAUCAAUAUUGACAACACAGUAUCAAACUCUAUUGCAUUACAUGAUAAAACAGAAACUAUAAAUAUCAAAAAGGAGAAUGUAGUAGAAACAACAAUUAGUAGGACAAAAAGAAAAGCCUCAAAGAUAGCUGAAGAUAAUAUCAAUAGACAACAAUCACUUAAACUCAAUUUAAAAUUACGACAACCAUCAAAUUUUCCUGAGGACAGCCAUGCCCAUAAGAAACGCGAAAGCCGGACUAAAAGAAAGAAGCAUGCCAGAAGUAGUUCAGAUGAGGAUACUGCUCAAGGUCCAGCAAAACAUAGUAAAACAGAAGAAAGUAUUGUAAUUGAAAGUAGUUUAAGGAAAACGAACAGUACAAAGUCACAAAACCAUGCUUCUAUAGCAGAAGAUACCUUGAAAGAAGAUAAGAGUGAAGCUCCAAAAGAGUCUCCAAUGACAAGAAGAAGUUCUACUAGAAAGAGAUCAUUUUCAGAAAGUCAGAACUUCAAUUUCAAGAAACCUAAUACUAUUGAUGAUACAGUUAUUGCACCUACAGGAAAUGAUAUUGCAGAAUGUUCAAUGUAUGAAGAUGCAAUUGAAAAACCUACCCCUAUUAUGAAUUCUACAAUGAAUCUCAAUUCCACCAUUACUUUGCAAAAAAUGAUGAAUGCUACGGUAGUUUUGGAACCUUUAUCAGCGAUAAAACUUAACGAAACUGUGACGAUUAGUAAAAACUUCGGUAACAAUAUAGAGAAAAGUAAUAAACAGCAGAAGCCAGUUCAAGAAAAGACUAGAUCGAAAUCGGGUAGAUUAUCAAAGCUUGUAUCAUCUUCCUCAGAAUCCCUGCAGGACAGGAUGCAAAAACUAAAAGAAGUCAUGGUGAAUAAAGAAUUUGAUGAAUUACUUACAGAAGAUGAAUCAUCGCCAGAAGUGAUAAAACAAGGGAACAGAAAACAACAAAACCGGGUGUUAAGAUUAUCCACAUCGUCAAACGUAGAGGAAGUUCUCAGUACACCUGCAAAACCAUUUUUGAAGGAAAUGAAUACAGUCACAGGAUUCCAUGAAGCGAAAAAUACGUUCAAAUCGAAUGCUUUAUUCAGUCCAUAUGCCAAGGAGUCUGUAAAGAAAAGAGUUGAGGCAUUUGAACAAGCAGGCAUGCACAGUCCAAAACCUGUUGUGGAUAUAGAUGCACCAACUAGAGUGACUAGAACAAAAACACGUGCCAUAGCCGCUGCAAAAGCUGAAGCAGCAGAAAGCACGAAAACCUCGGAGAAAACGGUUGCUCAUAAAUUGGCACGAAAAUCACUGGCGAAAGCUAAAAAAAUUUCAUUGGCAAAACAGAUUAAAAAUGCUGAUGAAUUUAAAGAAAAUAAAGUACAAUCAGCACAAAAAGUUCAUAAAUUACUUCCUACUGAAAAAAUGCACCACAAGCAGCAACAGAAGACAACUCCAUUGAGCAAAAUGAAAACUCACUUGCCAAUGUCUGUUAAUCGUAUUACUCACACUCCGUCAAAUCAAAUUAAUACAAAUGAUAAUAAAGCUUUAAGUGCCGUACGCACAAAUAUCAUUACAACAGUAGAAUCUUUCAUUCAUCAGCCAAAAUCAGUCAACAAACGUAAUUCGAUAGAUAAAAUAGAAGAAAAGAAACGGAAAUUGAACGAAGAAGAUGGAAGAAAGAAGCGAGAAGAGGCACUGAGGCUUCAAACAGAAGAAAAAAGAAGGAAAAGACAAGAAAAAGAAUUAAAGAAUAAGUUAGCUAGAGAGGCGAAAGAAAAACAGGAUAUGGAAAAACGUCAGAAAGCAGAGAAGGAAAGAGAGGAGAAAGCGCGUAUAGCGCAACAAGUGCAAGAGAAACAACGUGAAGAAAUGGAAAGAAAACGUCUGGCUCAGUUACAACGAGCUCAGGAAAAAGAAGAAAGAAGAAGACAGGAGGAACAACAGCGUUUGCUACGUUUACAAGAACAAGAGGAAGCUGAACGUAUAUUAGCUGAACAAAAACGACGAGAAUUGGAGGCCGAGAAACGAAAAGAAACCGAGCUAAGAGCUCAGCAACAACUUGUAGCUGAAGCUGCAAAAACUAAGAAUCAAUUUCUUCUUGCACAAGCAAAAUCUGAACUUAAACAUCAUGGUCCAACAAAUUACAUUUUGGACAGUGAACCUGAUGAUGAAGAAUCAGAUGAUGAAUCCAGACCAAAGCAUGUAAUUCCAUACUGGGCACAGUCACAAGUGCGCAGAGCUCAACUGGCAGUGCAACGAUACAUUCCGGAUAGAGCGGUUUACAAGUUCUUCGACACUAGAAAGUGUACACCGGACUUGUCUCAACUGUUCCAAGGUAUAGAUAGGAGUAGAUUAAAGCGUACGUCCAGUGCAGUCUGGAAAACGCCGCCACGUUAUUCUAUGAUGGAAACCGAAUAA